GUCAAACAAAGGUAGGACGCAUUGACAACACAACUGGGGAAGUUAUUACCUAGAAAAAUUGCAUUAAGUUGUGUGUGUAGUAAAUCUUAUCACGAAGGUGCACCUCCAAGCAUGCGUGAAUAAUGGAUAGCUACAUUAUUUUGUUAACAGCGCUCCUAGUUUUAUGCUGCACGACAGUGUUAUCAGACCAGUCAACAGACUCCCGGUCGAACACCACGAGCCGCUGCUUCUCAUUCACAUGGCUGGGACCCCAGUGGCAUAAUGGAAGCGUAUUUAUGAAUGCUACAUGCAACGACGCCACUCGUCUGUCUAGUGGAAUACCCUGCAGACAGCCCCUUGUUGUGUCUUAUGAUGGAAGCUGGCCGGAUGUAGACUACAUUUGGUCUCAUUAUAGAGAAGAAGCAACUUGUGUCUUAGCUCCAAAUGACGUAUGCGCCCAAUUUACCUAUUAUUUCGACGGCAAAGUUGAUAACUCAACGUACAUGUGCACAAGGGCUGUGGAUAAUUAUGAUUCAGCUGUCACUAGUGGAUGUUUUAAACAAGUUAACGGAAGUUUUACAAAAGAAGUUUUAAAUUAAAUUGUAAUUCACAAAAUGUAUUCCGUGUUAACCAGAGGAAACGCUAUCUUAACGUAUACUUUGAGCGUGCUAGCAUGUCUAACCUUCCUGUGCUUUCUCUCCACAUUAACUGUGGAUUACAGAACCGCCGCUCAAAUGAACACUGUAAAAGUAGUCGUUAAGAAUGUGCCAGAUUAUGGAGCGUCUAGGGAGAGGAACGAUCUUGGUUUCCUGACUUUCGAUCUGAAGACGGAUUUGUCGCAAUUGUUCAAUUGGAACGUGAAACAAUUAUUCCUUUACCUCACAGCCGAGUACACAACCCCCAACAAUGAGCUCAACCAGGUUGUGCUCUGGGACAAAAUCAUUUUGAGAGGAGAGAAUGCCGUGCUAGAUUUUAAGAAUAUGAACACCAAAUACUAUUUCUGGGAUGAUGGAAAUGGUCUAAAAGGUCACAACAAUGUUACUCUCACACUAUCAUGGAACAUUAUCCCCAAUGCAGGUCUGCUACCAAACAUCCAAGCAUUGGGUCAACAUUCCUUCAAGUUCCCUACGGAGUAUACCCAGACACGGGUAUGAUCCCAAGUUACCGUUCAAAGUUACUUCAUUGUCUAGGUGAGAAUGUGACAUGAAUAAAUGGUAAGAUUGUGGAUAAUUAUAUUGGUUUAUUUAUAA